AUGUCAGAAGAUUCAACAGUGUUUCUCGCCAUAUGCAUCAUCACAUUCCUGAUUGGUUUUCCUAAUGCUGUGUUGGGGUUCUGCUCAUGUAUUCGCAAGAUUCACUGUAAACCUAUCCCCAUUGACAUAUUCAUGUUAAACCUCGCUGCUUCUGACCUUGUCUUCCUCAUCUUCCUGCCUGUCAAGAUGAAAGAGGCUAGAGAUAACAUGGUUUGGAACAUGCCAAAUGCCCUGUGCCGCUUCAGUCUGUUCAUGUUCUUUCUUCCUCUUUAUUCAAGCGGCCUGUUCUUGGCAGCAAUUAGUGCCGAGCGCUAUGUGUGUGUAGCAUUUCCAGUCAGGUAUAAAAGUCCAAAAAGAAUCAUUUACACAACAGUUAUAUGUGUUGUCACCUGGGUGAUUAUUGCAGUAACUUCAGUAUUUCCUUACAAGGCAGCAUAUUUAGAUUCUAAUGAAGCGGACAACACCACUAAUAAGCGCUCUCAGGAAGCGUCACCUCUGGGCUGUUACAUUAACUUCACAGCAAAACAGCUGAGAGAACUGCUCCCAGUGCGUCUCGGGAUAGCAGUGGGGUUUUUCCUUCUACCCCUCCUUAUCUGCUGCUUCUGUUACAUCAGUUUAAUUCGUAUUUUGAUUACGCGUCCUCUCAUCAAGCGACAGCGUAAACUCCGGGUGGUUGGACUGAUUGUGGGGACUCUCCUUGUGUUUGCCAUUAGUUUUGCACCCUUCAAUGCAUCACACAUAGUGGGCUUCAUCAAAAAAGAAAAUCCAGAUUGGCGCAUGAAAGCUUUAAUACUAAGCACUUUAAACGCAUGUUUUGAUCCUAUUAUAUUUUUCUGUAUCUCUAAGGAUAUGAGAAGGGCCAUCAAAAUAUGUGCAAAGGAAAUCUGUUGA